GUGCGGGUCUCCCCCUCCCCCCGGUGACCGGUGACGACGACCAUCUCGCCAUCUCCCCCCCGCGUCCCUCCCCUCCGCGUGCCGUGCCUCUCCCCGCGCGUUCCCUGUUUCGGGAGGACGGGCGCGCGUCUCUCCCCCGUGCCGCGCGUGUGUGUUUGUGCCAGAGGAGGCGAGGAGGAGGCGGCCCCCGGAGCCGACGGAGAACCACGGAGAACCGAGAUGCGAGAACCGCCGACGGCACCGCGCACCACGAUGAGAAAUGAAGUAUGUCAGACACGUUUAAUUAAUAUUCUUCAGUGAGCGAAGAUGAAUAGUGAGCAGCAUGCAUUGCCAGCGACUACGCAGGCACAACAAGAGGAUGUAAACGCGGGUCAAAGUGGUCGUCCUUCAUACCCAGGUGGUUUGGCUACUGCGACCGCGAGUCUUGGCAAUGUAGGGAGUACUCCCCAUUCAUCCGCGGACCUGCGUGUAGGUACUGCCGUAGCGUUAGCCUCCUCGGUAGCCUCCUCGGUAGCUAAGUAUUGGGUCCUCACCAAUCUGUUUCCUCCCGGACCGCUACCUCAAGUCUCGGUCUACCACCAUUCCCACCACAACUCCUCGCAUAGGAGUGGUGGCGGUGGGGAGGCAUCAUCCUCCAAAGAGCCAGCCUCUUCACUGAACCAGGAAAUGGCGUUGACUUCCAGCUCGCAUCAUCAGCAACAGUCAACAGCCGCGCAUCAUCAUCAUCAGCCUUCAGUUAGCAGCAGCAGCAGCCACCACAGUUCCCUGCAGUCGAAUCCACAGAUUCCUGUAUCUCUUCCUGGCCUUAAUUUAGACGGCGCACAUUUACCAGCGAGUGUCAGUCAUCUGGCUGCACAUGCACAAAUGCAACAACAAAUGCAGGCGCAAGCACAGCAGCAGCUGCAUCAGCAGCAACAGCAGCAGCCGCAGCAACAGCAGCAGCAGUCUCAUCAUCAGAUGCCGAAUCAUCAGAACGCUCAGAACAAUGGGCCAACGGCGCAUAGCCAGAACGCGCAGCGAGACGACAACAAAGUCAAGGACGAGGGCGGUAGUUGCACCACCGAGCGUUGCAGCGACAAUCAGGUUCAUUGUCAAGUUCAAUGCGAUCUGCAAUUACAACCACCCCAAGAUCUUCAACAGAGCUUGAUGCAACAGCAGCAGCAGCAACAACAGCAGCAGCAACAGAUCGGGGUCAACAUCAGCGGUAACUCCACUACCGAGGGAGGAAGCCAGAACAACUCCGAGAAACCCGAGAAAGAGAAGGAGUUGCGACAACUGAAUAUGACCCAAUUUCAAGUCCCUGACUUGAAACCAGGGGGACACAUGAUGGACGUGAGGACAGCAGACGGAUCGGUUGUCAAAAUCAGCGCAGGAAACGAGCAAGAUUUAGCCAAGACUCUCGGCGUUGAAAUGGUACAAAAUAUGUACAAGGUUAAUGUGGAAGAUAUUAACCAACUCUUGGCGUAUCACGAGGUUUUUGGAAAGCUGCAGAGCGAGAUUGCAGCUGGAACGACUUUAGUGGGCAGCACUGUGCCUACACAGACAGUUACCACGAUACAGAAUGGCACACCAAUCGUGCAGCAGGUCCAAUUGAACAAAUUCGAUAUAAAGUCGAGCGACGGCGAAGCAACGCCUGGCCCGAGCGCAUCGCCCGUGUCGGUUGGCAGCCACGCUUGCGAGAUAUGCGGAAAGAUCUUCCAGUUUCGUUAUCAGCUUAUUGUACAUCGCAGAUAUCAUACCGAGAGAAAGCCAUUCACGUGUCAGGUAUGCGGCAAAGCGUUCUCAAAUGCGAACGAUCUAACACGUCACGGCAAAUGUCAUCUAGGAGGAUCCAUGUUCACCUGCACCGUUUGCUUUCACGUCUUUGCGAAUGCGCCUUCGCUGGAACGUCAUAUGAAGAGACAUGCCACCGACAAACCGUACAAUUGCACGGUCUGCGGCAAGAGUUUCGCGCGCAAAGAGCAUUUGGAUAACCACACGCGAUGUCAUACUGGCGAGACGCCAUAUAGAUGUCAAUACUGUUCGAAGACAUUUACCCGAAAAGAACAUAUGGUAAAUCACGUUCGCAAACACACUGGUGAGACUCCACAUCGAUGUGAUAUUUGCAAGAAGAGCUUUACUCGCAAAGAACACUUUAUGAACCAUGUUAUGUGGCAUACAGGAGAAACCCCUCAUCAUUGCCAAGCUUGCGGCAAGAAGUAUACGCGCAAAGAGCAUCUCGCUAACCAUAUGCGCUCGCACACAAACGACACGCCGUUCCGUUGUGAAAUAUGCGGUAAGUCGUUUACGAGGAAGGAGCACUUCACGAACCACAUAAUGUGGCAUACGGGCGAGACGCCGCACCGCUGUGACUUCUGCUCGAAGACGUUCACGCGAAAGGAACACCUCCUGAACCACGUUCGCCAGCACACGGGUGAGUCUCCACACCGAUGCGGCUUCUGCUCCAAAUCGUUCACCAGAAAGGAACACCUUGUUAACCACAUCCGCCAACACACAGGGGAGACGCCCUUCCGCUGUUCGUACUGUCCGAAAGCAUUUACGCGGAAGGAUCACCUGGUGAACCACGUCAGGCAGCACACGGGUGAGUCACCGCACAAGUGCCAGUAUUGCACCAAAUCCUUCACGCGGAAGGAACAUUUGACCAAUCACGUGCGUCAACACACAGGCGAAUCGCCACAUCGAUGCCACUUCUGCUCCAAGUCAUUUACUCGUAAGGAGCAUUUGACGAAUCAUGUGCGCAUCCACACUGGCGAAUCUCCACAUAGGUGUGAGUUUUGCCAGAGGACGUUCACUAGGAAAGAACAUCUAAAUAAUCAUCUCCGUCAACAUACCGGAGAUUCCUCACACUGUUGCAACGUAUGCUCCAAACCAUUCACAAGAAAGGAACAUCUCGUGAAUCAUAUGCGUUGCCAUACCGGUGAACGUCCGUUCGUGUGCACAGAAUGUGGCAAGAGUUUCCCGCUGAAGGGCAAUCUUCUCUUCCAUAUGCGCUCGCACAACAAGGGCAGCAACGCCGAGAGGCCGUUCCGCUGCGACCUGUGCCCCAAAGAUUUCAUGUGCAAAGGACACUUAGUCUCGCACCGGCGCUCGCAUUCAGACGAGCGGCCGCACAGUUGCCCGGAUUGCGGCAAGACCUUCGUCGAGAAGGGCAACAUGCUGCGACACUUACGCAAACACGCGGCCGAAGGCCCACCGACACAAGUUAGCACACCGUCAGCUAUACCGCAAUCCGGUGUCCUGCCGAUACCGGCAGCGGCGGCAGUCCUGGUUGGACAUCCAUUAGCACCGCCGGCGCCGCCUGUUGUGCCGCAACAUACGGUGGUCGUGCCGACACCGCCCGGUGUCGGAUUGGCGUCGUACUAGAUCGUCAUACCGGAAAGAGACAGAUAGAGAGAAAGAGGAAAAGGAA